AACAUGGAGGGGUGUAAUUCUCUAAACCACAAAGCUCCUGAAAUGUUGCUGCCACCGGUUAACAACGUCUCGAAUCGCGAUAAUAACUACAAUAAUGGAAAGAAUGGCCUGUCUUCGGAGGAAGCGCACGGACUUGGCGAGAACAGCAGCGGAGGAAGCUCCGUCGGCGGACCAGAGAACGAAAAACCCGUAAAACAGAAGAGGCACAGGACACGUUUCACCCCCGCUCAGUUGAAUGAACUGGAGAGAAGUUUUGCCAAGACCCAUUACCCAGACAUCUUCAUGAGGGAAGAACUGGCACUAAGAAUAGGUCUGACCGAGUCUAGGGUGCAGGUUUGGUUCCAAAACCGCCGUGCGAAAUGGAAGAAGCGCAAGAAGGCGACCAACGUAUUCCGAACACCGGGAGCCCUCUUGCCGUCUCACGGACUGUCCCCCUUCGGCACUGUCAACGAUUCAUUCUGUGGCUUCCACACGGGAGACGGGCGGGGCUGGCAUGGAAUGACACAGAUGUCUCAAAUGCCUCAGCUACCAAGCUCACUGACCCUCCCACCAAGCCUGCCCCGUCAAGGCCUAGGUCCAGGUCUAGCGACCACCGUCUCCAUGACCGGACUCUCGCCAAAUCACGUAUCUCAGGCAAAUGGUAUCAGCGUUACCAGCUCUUCUAUCACGGGCGGGUCCUCCAUGUACUGCCCGCCAUACAGCUCCGUUACUACGUGCUCAACCCCCCUGUCUCACAGUCCAAGCCCCCCGGGCUCCUGCCCUGUAGGAAUUCCAGACAUCAGCGAGGCGUGGAGAGGUACAAGCAUCGCUGCACUGCGUAGAAAAGCCAUGGAACAUACAAUGACUAACUUUCGAUAAAUGUAUUUAAUGCAUGAUGAUAAAAGAAAACGGAUCCUUUACCAGACUAGGUAUCGAAUAAUUGCUCUGGUGAUUUUUUGAUACGCACUUGCUUAUUUUUGAAAACAGGUAGUUGUUAAUGAGGUUAUUUUUUAUCUAAGAGAAUUAAUCGUUUUAUGUUGACUAUAGCGACUUUAUAUAACCUAAUUUGCCACAAAAAAAGCACUGGCUCUUUUUAAAUGAAAAAAGACGAGUUAAAUGUUUUUAUAAAUAUAUGGUACCUACUAUAUAGUGUAAUAAAAUGGAAUGGAAUAGAAAUUUUUACUUGUUGCUAAUUAUCAAAGUGUGAAUAUUUUUAGCGCUAACACUCUUGGUUGAAUAUAUAUUAAAUUGUAUAUAUCUAUAUCACACAGAUAUAAUUAUUUUAUUGCUAAACGUUGUAAUAAUUUGUCAAUCUAAGUUUUGUUAUUUAUACUAUUGUGCGUGAAAUUGUAGCCAAAUAAUUUAUUUUGUCUUAACAUAUUUAUUUUGCGGUAUUGAGCACAAUAUUUUAAAGUGUCUAAGUAAGUAGUAAGAAGCCACAUACAGUAUGGGUAAAACCCUCCCUGUAAAAGUGAUGCCGAGAUCGCGGUUGCGAUGAAAUUCAUGGGGCUAAGUGCCAAUUUGUAAAUAUUGAAGAAGGCGGUACUGCACUAUAGUACAAAAGUACAGCUUAUGUUAUUUAUGUCUGAGGGACCAGAAACGUCUGAAAUGCAUGAUUUCUUUAACUUACACGUAACCAAAAGAGUUUUUCCGUAAUUUAUCAAUUUUAGAUCUUCUUUUUGACCAUGAUCUUUUUUUAAAUUUAUUAAUUUUUUAAAUUUUAUUUUGUAGUGUUAUUCAUUAGCAAUCGGUAUUGUUAUUAUAUUUAUUGUACUUUUUUCUAUGUCUAAAUGAUGAAUGUUAUUUACAAAUAUAUAAGGUUGUUGUUAGCAAUCUUGCUAACAAUGCCACAACAACAGAACAACAUAAUUCAUUCCACUCAGUUGGUGUGUUUUUAUCACCUUUAAACCCUUUGAUCAACGAAAUCGAAACGAAAAUGAAGGGCAGACAGUUGAAAGGGUUAUCUUAAUUAGGCCAUAGAGCUAUGCGUUUACAUUACUAUUGUGUUUGCAAAAUGAUGAUUUCAUGACAUGAAUGCUGUAAUAAGAUACGUUGCGAUUUUAACUGCACGUCGGUGCAUCCAUUUGGAACACAAUCAAUCGGAUGCAUUAGGCAGAUUAGUGUUUUAAAACACAGGGCGUUUCCGAUAUCGUCUGUUAAAAGACGAUUGUUCACUAAAGUUCGCACUGAAGAAUAUAGCAAUAGCGCAUUGUUUUUAUUUUAUCAAAAUUGAAAAUUCACAUGUUUCCCACAUAUUUUUAAUUCUGCGUCCCACGGCACCCUUUAUUCAGCACAGCACUUCAUAGGGCUUUGUGGCGUUUUAAUAUAAUGCACGCUGCUCAACAAAUGGUGCACCGUCAAGUCCUUCUUGUCAUUGUAGGCAUGUUUCAUCAGAUCGUGUUAUUUCGUGCAGAUUCAGGUGCAGCGCAUACUUAAUACACCGUGUUAG